AUGACAAAGUCGAGGGAUCAAAAUCCCACAGGCUCUACUCAAAAGAAGCUCUUAGCAUUUCCUCGAAUGCCACGUCCAGUCAAAGUCAAUCCACCAUUUGAACCCUUUGAAAAUCGUUCACGCGAAGUGAAAGUCGAGGACCCAAACUUGGUUAGUGAUUCUUUUGGCCGAAUUGUGGAAAAGAAGUACAGUCGUUGUCAUUGGUACGCAAAAAACACAGGCAACUUUGGAGCCAACUUUUUGGUAAUGGCAGGAGACCGUAUUGACACAGGAUCCCGAUCGCACAGAGUUUUCUCAGUGGCAGAUAAGAUGAAGAUGCUGGUGGCAAAAUUCACAAAAGGAGCCGGGGAAGAAAUAUUUCCAAUGAAUAAACAAACCCCGCUUAAAUCAAGAUGGAACUAUGGGCAACCACCGCCAUCAGAGCCAGCUGAUUGGCUUGUUCAAUGGGCACCUGAAAAGCUUGAGACCUUGGAGACUCUAGAUAUCCAGAAGAACAUUUGUGCGGCACUCAAUUCUCGUCUCAAAAUCCGUUGGCUGAUUGGAGUCGAGCGGGGCUUGGUUAAAGGUUGUUUGAUGGAUCGACUGGAUCGCGAUCUUAUCGGAAAUGCCUUCUCUUAUGCUGUGACCCGUGGCGCCGAAGGACCGUCUAUUAAAAUGGUGGCGAUUGGCGAGAUGUCUUCCACUUCAUGGAGACUCAAUUCCUCAACAAUUGCCGGCAUUUUCUUUUCUCUCAACAUUGUCGCAUCGGUGUUGGCGUUAGCGAUUUGGGACUUCCAGAAGCACGAUACAAAUCAUAAUGUUCUUUAUCUGGGUGGAGUGAUUUGUUCAUUUCUCUUGAACACGGCGAUCGCGAUUUCCCUUCAAAUGGCCAUCCGACAACAUCGACCAAAUUUCUUCCUACCUUUCAUUAUCUGUGCUGCCAUCCAUUUGACUAUCAGUUUGGGUGUCGUUUUUCUUUUCACGAUUUCCCUCCUCGAUCACAUGUUUAAAGGGAGCGAUUUACAGGAUUUCUAUGGUGUUCUUGUAUUUACCGGAAUGUUCUUCUUUUGGAUUUUGAGCAUUCACGUCGUUCAAAAGGAUCGCGAGCGAAUUCAAAAGAUUUGCGGAGUUCAUAGUUUACUCCCUGAAUAUCUU